AUGAAGGCCGCCCUCGCCAACGUCCGCCCGGCCCCAAUCUCCCAGCUCCUCAUCUGCCCCGUCAUCGACAGCACCGCCACCGCCGAGACGGGCUGGGCGACCACCAAGUACGUCCCCUGGCUGACGCCCGGCCGCAUGUCGUGGUACCAGAACCUCUACUUCCCCCGCCCCGAGGACAAGGCACGGUGGGACGCCUCGCCGUGCUUCGCGCCGCGGGACGUCCUCGCCCGCAGCCCGAGGACGUGGCUCGCCGUCGCCGAGGUCGACCUGCUCACGCCCGAGGGGCUCGCGUACGCCGCGCAGCUAAGGGACGCCGGGGUCGAGGUCGAGACGGAGGUGUACAAGGGCGCGACGCACUCUGUUCUCGUGCUCGCCGGUGUGCACCAAAUCAGCAGGAAGCUGGUCCACGACGCCUGCGCCGUGCUCGCAAGGGGCUUCGGCUCGACUUAUGAUCCUGCUGCCGCCCCGAUCCUGUCGCAGCAAGAGUAG